AUGUACUACGUAAUAUGUGCAUUAAUUUUACUUUAUAUCACCAUCUCCAUUCAAAUCAAUGGACAUCCGAUUGAAAAGAAGAAAACGCCAUCAAAUUUGAGCAAACCAGAUGAGAAUCCAGAAUUAGUCGAAGGUGACAUGCUUUUUCAUUCGUCAUCUCACCUCAAUUCGCGGGGAGUUGCACAACGUGGAGUUAUUUGGACAAAUGGAAUUAUUCCAUACCAAAUCGAUCCCAAUUACACACCUGAGCAACAAGCAUUCAUUGUUAAUACCAUUCGAAAAAUGGAACGUCUCGUUGCUAUCAACAAUGUUGUUUGUAUCCAGUUUCGACCGAAACAGUCAUCUGAUCGUUAUUUUAUUGAAAUAGUUGAUGGAUUGGGUUGUUCAUCAUAUGUCGGACAAGGAGGAGCAUCAUUCCAUCAAGUUUCAUUGGAAUAUCCCAAAUGUUUCACUGAAGGAAUGAUUAUGCACGAAUUAUUGCAUACACUAGGUUUCUAUCAUGAGCAAUCGAGACCUGAUCGUGAUAAUUACAUUAGAGUUCUCUAUGAAAAUAUACUAAUAGAAAAACGACACGAAUUUGAAAAGUAUAAUGAUACAUUUGUGGAUACUUUGAAUACAUCAUAUGAUUAUUCAUCACUGAUGCAUUACGAGAAAAAUACCUUUUCUCAGAACGGUCUUCCAACCAUCGAACCAUUACAAGCGAAUGUCACCAUUGGUCAACGUCAUAUUAUGAGUUCAACUGAUAUUCGCGAAGUUCGAUUAUUAUACAACUGCUCAGCUAUUGGUGUGACACUACCUGAAAUAACUACUACCACACCACAAAAUCAAUAUUCAGUAAAUACAACUGUACUAUCAGCAUGGACAACAAACAGUCGAAAGUACAUUCGACGUAGUGCUUCAGUGUCACACACUUACUAUGAAGCAUAUCGAGUUACUGUACCAAUCAACGGCUCCUAUAUAUUUACAAGUAGCAGUAAAGUUGAUACUUAUCGCUAUUUGUAUUCGGAUAGUUUCUCUCCUGUCGAUACCAGACAGAAUUUGAUUACAGAAGAUGACGAUAAUGGUGGUAACAGCCAAUUCAGAUUUGAAACUAAUCUUGAAACUUAUCGCGCGUAUAUUCUGAUUGCUACAACAUAUCGAGAAAAUACCACUGGAGAAUAUCGUCUGAUUAUUUCUGGUUUAGCAAGUGUGAAUAUUACUCUCAUUGACGAUGCAUCGACAACACUUGUUUCUAGUGCCACAACUAAUGAAUAUGCUACAGCAUCUUCAAAAAAUGUUUUAUCAUGUUAUGAUGGUGAAUUAACUACCGACCUUGUGAUAUAUAAUCGAGAAAACAUCUUCGGCAUCUAUUACUACAACGCAAUUCAAAUCAAUGUGCCCAUGAGUGAUAACUAUGUUCUCAUAAGUUCUAGCGUAGUCAAUACUUACGGUUAUCUGUAUAUGAAUUCUUUCAAUCCACAAGAUAUGUCUUCCAAUCUCCUUGCCAAAGAUGAUAACAAUGCCGAUAAUAAACAGUUCUCAAUAUCAUAUAAACUAUACUCCAGUAUCACUUAUAUUUUAAUUACCACGACGUACAAUUCUAAUGUGACGGGGAAUUUUCGCAUAGAAGUACGUGGUCCUGCUGAAGUUACCUUUAGUGCUCUCAAGCAAAGUUCUUCGACUACUCGACCCACAUCAUCUCCAAGUACUAGUCGUGCAUCUUCGCCUGUUCAACUAAAUGUUAGUGUGAUCUAUUUUAUCAGUCAACUACUAGCUUCGUACGCGAUUACACAACUGUUGAGAGUACAUUGA